GUCAGUCGAGUGUCAGCGCCAAGGUAGCAUUCCACGCGAGUCUCUUCGUCGAAUCGAUCCGGAUCUUAGGUAGUUUGUGUUCGAGCAUGUCACGCGGCGCGGUACCAAUGAGAUCCUCUCUGAGAAGCCGAGAUUCGUCCUCGACAUCGACCGGGAUCGAUCCUCGAGAGCGCGUCAAGGAUUGUUGCCGAAAGCUCGUGGCUUUUAUGUGCACCCAAGUGGGCGUAGGCGGAUUAGUAGUAGGCUACGCUAUAGUAGGCGCAUUCGGCUUUGUAACGAUCGAGACAACUUUAAUCGAACAGCCGGAGAAAGGGUGCGAGCGGGACACCAUUCGCAUGGAAUACGCCGACGAAUUAUGGUUCAGCACUGCCAGUAAUCAAUCGGUGAACGUGUUCAAUCGCACUGCUUUUUACGUGGUGUCUAACAAUAUUCUGCGCCGCUACCAGGAAAACAUUACCAAUAGCGUGCGACAAAAGGAGAAUUGCAGCGACCUCGAACCCGUCAAUAUCUGGACAUUUCCCGCAGCGUUGAUGUUCUGCCUGUCAGUGUUCACUAUGAUCGGUUACGGCAGUCUGGUGCCCAAGACACCAUGGGGCAAGGGCGCUACCGUGAUAUACGCGGUCCUCGGCAUCCCGCUCUACGUGCUCUAUUUCCUAAACAUGGGCAGCGUGCUCGCGCAGACUUUUAAGUGGCUCUACACGCGAUUGCACGAAUGCACCGGCCAACGGAAACCUGGACAGAGAAUCACCGUACCCUCCACUGCCUGUCUCUGGGUAAUAUUUGGCUACAUUCUUGCCGGCUCCAUUAUGUUCGCCGAGUGGGAACAAUGGGACUAUCUAGACAGCGCUUACUUCUGCGUCACGUCGCUCUGUAAGAUCGGUAUGGGCGAUUUAGUGCCAGGCUGGAGCCAGGGCAACCAGAUCACGCAGGAUAACCAGACGAAACUCAUCAUCAAUUUUGUCUACUUAUUGCUAGGCAUGGGCUUGAUAGCCAUGUGUUACAAUUUGAUGAAGGAGGAUGUAUAUGUGAAAGCUCGAGAGCUCAAGGAACAACUUAAUCAAGCGAUGGACGCUGCUCAUUAUAAGAUGGUGAUGUGUUGUAAAUCGGAAUCUGUGGAUUGAAAAAUCAAAAAAAAAGAUCGCGAGGUGCGUUAUUGAAGCUGUAAAUAACGCAAACAAAAUGUAUGUAUGUAAGAAUGUGUAAAAGGGCGCUAAUAAAAUAAGAACUAUUUGUUGAAGUUUUGUUAUAGACAAAAUUUUUUGUAAGCAGCGGAAAAUAUUGUAAAAAGCUGUAUAAACAUAAAAAAAAAUAAUAUUGUAUUAGAAGUUGAAACGCGCCGUAGAUAAAUGUAACUAUUAUUAUAUAAAUGUUAUUUACUAAUAAUUACACAUAUCUGUAUUUCGAUUCGUAGUUCAUGCGUUUCUUAUUACCAUCAAUGUUAUUAUACCUAGAACGCUAAAAUUAGAAAUCUAGUUUUGAUAUACUAGAAAAGAGAUCGUUUCUUGUCUAAAUAAAAAGUAAGUUUUCCAUUGUUUGGCGAUUAUCAAAUAAUUGAUAAAAACAAAUAGAAAUUAUGAAGUAAAAGUACUAUAAAGUACAUGUAAAUAUUGAAAUUAAUAUAAUUUUUGUUAUAUUAUAUAUGUUGUGUAAUGUUAAUAUAAUUAUUAGAAUCAGAUUGCUACAAUAAAAUUGUUAGUAUUUUUAAAUUUAAUCGAUUAGAGAUUAAGUUUCGGAUAAAACGUAUAAAUAACAAUGUGUCAAAAUAGCUCGCUUGUUAAAUACGAGUCAUGAUUUAUAUUAGCAGCUGUGUCAGUAAUAGUUUUGAUAUCAUCAGUAAAAUCUAUAUCAUAUUGAAUCGACUUUGUUCGUGAAUAGUAUGUUUGAGAUGAUGAUGUGUAAUCGGUUAUAUUAAUUGAUUAGAUAUCUCUUACAUCGAUCAUCAAAUAUUGAUCACUCCGUGAUUUUUUGCAACAAAUUAUUUCUGAUAUGAGAAACGUGUCGUUGAAAUGUAAACUUAUAUAUAUAAAUAGUUUUAGAAAAUUAUCACUACUCUAUAAAUAGAAAUGUUAAAAUUCUAGAACACGUUUAUGACGUUCAUGUUAAUGUAAGUUAGUCAACAUGAAGAUAAAAAAAAAAUAUUGAUAAUUUUCAAAAUCUUUAUUUAUUUAAUUUUUAUUUAAUAUUUUUAUCACACAUAAAAUAUUAAUUAAUACUUAUAAACAAUAUAACUUUUUCUUAUAUAUUUUAUAUAUUAAAUAAAUAGGUAAUUUAAGUAAGUAAAUCAAAUUUUAUCGUUCUAUCAAAGUUUUAUGUAAGAAAGUUUAUAAGAUAUAAGUUUUUAUAUAAUAUCCUUGAAGAAAUUAAUUCUCUAAUUUGGUUAAAUUAUAAAGAUUAUACGCUCUGUCGAUAAAUGAUAAUUGCUGAUUAAUGUGAUCGCUUGUGUUUUUUCUUAUGUUACUUAUCGCGAAAUUGAAGAAGACAGAAAUUUAUGAAGCUACCGAUAAAGUGUCGCACGAACAUAGACAUGAAUAUAUCUUGAAAAUAUACACUGAUCCAUCAAGACAUGUCAAUCACAAAAUAAUCAUGCGAUUAUAUAAUCAAAAUUGUUCUUCGAAGAAUAUAAUUUAUUCUGCUAAUAAUCUAGUGAUAAUGUCCAAUUAAAUUAAUGAAUUUCUAAUAUCUUGCUGAAUCUAUAAUAUUUCGUUAAGAUGCACUAAUGUAAAUAAAAAUUUUUAUAUAUA